AUGCAGAGAAAAGCAGCCCAAGAUAAUAUUUCAGAACUGGCGGCAAAAUAUCCGAACUUGGCGAAUCAUUUGAAGAAAAAAUUUGGAGAUUCAAGCUCAGAUUUAAGGAUUGUAUCGGAUGAUUUGUUACAGUAUGUUUGUGGUAAAAGAGCAGAAAUUAUAGAAAGUCGCAGGAGAUUGUAUGAACCACCAACUGAAAAUGCUAAAAUAUUGAGGGAUAUUCCGCUUUCAGGAUCUUUUUUAUUUGAUGAGAAUCAAAUUAAGGAGUUGUAUACUCAUCAAGACAAUACUACCCGAUCAAUCUUUAGAUACAAUAAGAAACCGCUAUCAUCUCACGAUUAUGAUAACAGUUUGAGUAAUUACUGA